AUGGUAACUCACUAAAAUGCAAUGAUUUUACCUAACCCGCUUUCACAGAAAUUCACCUUCAUCCUCACCGCGUUCUUGGUAUUUUCUUCUUAUUGAGAGCGAUUGCAGAGCCAAAAUCGCCUGUCCGUGAGAAGCACUGGUCGAUCUUCUUUCACUAAAUCCCGUCACAAUUAGCUCCUCUUACACGCUUUGGUUCAAACGUUGGUGAACGCAGCAGAGGAUCUGCCGCAAAUUGGACACCACUGAGAUCUGCGUGAUCGCACGAGUUUGGGGUUUCAAAUGCUGGUCCUGUCGAGAUUUGUUGGCGAUUGCAGCUCUGAGCAGGAUCGGCCACAAAUGGGACUGAUUGCAGCCGUUGUUUCAAUCACCAUCAUCUUGGCCUCGAUGCUGUGCGUUCUGGUCCGGAGACAACUGACGAGAAUGAAGAAAAGCCGGAGGAGCCCAGAGGCAAUGCUGAGCGUGGAAGAUGCGCCCCCAGUAUACAAGUACGAUGUGUUCUUGAGUUUCAAGGGAUCAGGCACACGCAACAACUUUACCGAUUGCCUUUACCACAGAUUGAGACUCGCUGGAGUCCAUGUCUUCCUAGACAACGAAGAACUCCGAGUCGGCAAAGAAAUUGGUGGUGAGCUUUUGAAAGCGCUCAACAAGUCUCGAAUCUACCUAUCUUCUCCCAGAACUACGCUACCAGUUCAUGGUGUCUCCGUGAGGUUGCGCACAUGAACAAAUGCACCUCAAAAUCAAAUGGGAAGAAAGAGAUACUCCCCAUCUUUUUUGACGUGGACCCUGCCAACGUUAAGCUUAAAACUAAAUUGUACA